AUGUAUUUUACACCACAGGAACGCUAUUAAAAUUUUUAAUUAACGCAUUUAAGGAUUAAUACACUUUCAUGUCGUUGAAGAGCCACAACAGACAAAAUUAGCGUUUCUAGCUGCCUGCAACACCAUCUUUGUGCAAAAAAAAACAUUGCUUAAACUCACAAACUUUCACAACACAUCCACUAUAAAGGCCAACGAAAUGUGUAAACAAGUCUCACCUGUCCCGUAGAAUCUCUUGUUAACUAAGGUUACAGCGCUCGUGCUGUUGUUUUGGUCAGUGUAUGUUAGUCCUCUAACUUUAUUAAUUAUCAAAAAUAGUCAUCUGAUUGGUUGAACGGCACUUAGACGUUUCACUGGUCGGUGUCUCGUCGUUACACCGGUAGAUGACAACAAAUGACCGUCUUUAUGACAGUCUCAGUCAAUCAAUCACUCAUUCAUUCAACCGAAUCGUUCAAACCGCCGAACGAGUCAUUGAAUCAUUCGUUGAACAGUUUUGUUCAAAAUCAAAGAAUCGUUGAAGAUUCAGGAGCGAAUUCAAGCGCUGCGGCGGUUCUGCUGUGUCUUUGUUUGGAAAGCAGACAGAGUAACUGGCAAUAUUGUGUCUAAAAUGUUUCCUAAACACCCCUAAUUUGCCGUCGUUCAGCAAAUUGUCCUAAACUCACGCCGUUGGUUGAAGCAGAGUUUGACCGCAAACAAGCUGUGAGUGCCUUAAAACUGCUGCGGAAGAGAUUCUGCACCCCAUGAAGAGUGCUGUCCUCCAAAACAAUCCUACAGAGACUUCAUUUGGACCAUUUUGAUGGGCUUUGCAGUGGGAAUUGAAGAAAUGUUAGAAAUACAAAUAAUCAAGAUUGAAGAUCCAGGUUGUCUGUGGGCUCGAGUUCUGAAAGGAGCAGGCGUUCAGCCGGACAGUCCAGAGGAAUAUGAGAACCUGAGAGUGAAAAUGAACCUCUUCUACCACGAGGUAGACCUGGACGUUCAGAAACUAAAGCCUUCUGAGCUGAAGGAGGGGCUGGUGUGUGUGGUGUUCAGUCUGGCUCUGAAGAGUUGGUGUCGAGCUGUAGUUGAGUCUGUCUUUCAGGGGACGGUGGACACGCAGGCCUGGUGCUUGUUAGUAGAUCACGGAGAUCGAAUCAUCGUCGGAGCAGAGGAGGUGCGAACUCCUCUUGAGAAGUUCCUGCAGCUUCCUUUCAGAGUGAGGCGCUUUAAACUGGCAGGAAUUGGUCCGAUGACACUUCAGGUGCCCAUCUCAGAAAACACAGCAGAGCUUGUUCCAUCUUCAACAUGGGAUAGCUCUGCCACAAAAUACCUGCACAAUCUAUUACAAGUGUCGACUCUGGUUGAAGCCGUUCUGUGUGAAACGCAAGCAAGCUGCUCUGCUAUUGAGCUCUACUUGACUGUCAAUAACACAAAGCUCUGUGUGAACCAUGAGCUCGUGGCGAAGAAGUUUGCCUGUUUCAUGAAAGAGAAGUCCAGUGCGCUGGAAGGGAACAGGAAUGGAGAUCGUGCUCCUAUCAGCCUGGCGUGGGACAUCUACUCCAGCCCUCACCAGCUCUUAGAAAUGAAAGGAUGCUGUCCUAUCAAACCUCCACCAUUCUCCAUUCUCACCAGAAAAGAGCAGAAAGAUGAUCCUCAGACAGAAUCAGAAGAAGUUUCUCAUCUAAAGAAGCAGAAACCACAGGUGUCAGAGGAAGCAGACAUGCUAUCUCAGGUUAACCCUCGAGUCUCUAAACUGACCCGCAAUGCUGGAACAGAUACUAUUGGCAGAGGAUGGCGUAUCAGAGCCGAGGCCACCGACAUCUUCACAGAUGAACGCUGUGAUCAGACUAACGUACACAAGCCUCAAUAUAUGAAGUUUAACACACUUUCACAUUCAAAGCAGAUUCCUCAAACUUUUGAAGAGCAGCAGCACAAUCCUGAUCAAACAGACAAUAACAGCAUCGCUUCAACACCAGCUGCAAGUUCAUCAUCACGUGUGAGCGACUCCUCAGAAGAGCAGAAAGUGGCAGCUCCCUCACAAGAGCCUAGUCUUGAAGAUCAACUGGCCUCUUCUAGACUUAUGCAGUUCCUGAACCCUGAUCCACUCAAUCCAGACCAAGAGUCUCUUGAUGCCAAAGUUGUUCGUUGUGACCCGGGUCACUCAGGAGUUUUAGUGCAUGCCGCCCUUCGUGUUGAACCCUGCAGUAACCUGACACGUGCACCCAUCAGUGAGCAAUUCAGAAAGUUCCUGUUGUGGAGGAAGUAUAAUGGACCGAAUGUAGCAGAGAGUUACUGCUGGCCUGCUGUGGCACGCGGUUUUGAUACAGUACUGGUGUCACACAGCGGUGACAAUCCUCUGUCCUACAUUCCUCCUCUGCUGAUGCUGUUACAGACGGUUUCUGUCGUCUCCAGUCUCGCUGCUCGCACCGGGCCCAUAGCAGUGAUCCUGUGUCCGGGCUGGGAGAAAGUUCAGACGGUGCUGGAGCUCCUGGAGGACAGUAAAGCAACUUACAACCUCCAUCCCACCAGUGUGCUGCUGGGUGUGGACCAGGAAGAGCCUAAAAAGUUCAAGAUCCAGAGGAACUGUCAGUUGCUGGUGACAACACCAUUCACAAUGAUGAGGCUGCUGGAUGCUCAGUGCUUCCUCUUCCUGAGACUGUGUCAUCUGGUGCUGGAUGAGGCUGAUGUGCUUUAUUCACAAGCACCUGAGCAGAUGUCAGUUAUCCUGAAGCACUUCCAAAAGGUGGUCUCUGGGGAGGAGAGGUCCUCGUGCCCCAGGCAGAUCAUCGCGGUGGGCAGCCGCUGGAGCGCUGGGAUAGAGGCUCUGGUCAGAGAACACAUGAUUUACCCCUCCAUCAUCAUAACCGUGAUGGAGGAGGCAGCUCUGUACGGCAGGGUACAUCAGAGGGUUCAGCUGUGUCUGGACUGCGAUAAGAUCUCCGUUCUGCUGGAAUCGCUGGACUUCCACCCGCCUAAACCCCAGAAAACCCUCAUCAUUACCAACUCUGCUAAGGAGACCGAGCAUGUGUAUAAGGCUGUGGUCAACACUGCCGUGUUCACACUGAAAGCUCAUGAAGAUGUGACGGAUCAGUUUGACUUUGUCAUUGAUCAGUGGAGAAAAGACAUCGGCCGUGGAACGCAGGUCAUUCUGGUUACCACCAAUGACUGCCUUAAGGCACUCGGGAUCCGGGACGCCACGUGCGUGGUGCAUUAUGGGUUCCCCAGCUCCCCCAAGCUCUUCGGCAGCCGCCUGUUCUGCCUGUCAGAGAAUUUCAGAAACCUUCCAGACAUGGAUCAUGCCGAGAGCUCCUCUCCUGCAGCUCAGUCCGUGCUGCUGCUGUCGGAGCUGAACGCCCGUCACGUGUGUGGCGUCCUGCGGUACCUGAGGAGAACCGGCGCUCUUCUGCCCCCUGAGCUGCUACAGUUCGCUCUGGGCGUCCAGCAGGCCAAAGAGGAGCAGAAGACAGACAGACCCCUCUGCUCCUCGCUCAAGAGCUUCGGCUUCUGCAGGUCUCUGCUUCAUUGUAGUACUUCCACCAGAGACAGCACAGUUUGUCCAGAUAGACACACGAUCAACAAAUCCCUGGAUCAUCCAAAGCACCCAGACUCUGGGACUGUCAUGGUUUUGCCGCUGUGCAUAAAGUCAGCAAAUGUGUACUCUGGCCGCAUCGUGAGCCAGAAAGACGAUGUUUAUGAGAGUCUUGCUGCUCAAAUGAACGCACACUAUGCUACUGAGAGACGCUGUGCUGUGGAAGUGCUGAAGGGAGAACUUUACGCUGUUCAAGAGGAGAAUAUCUAUAACCGGGUGCGUGUGAUUGAAGUGCCAGAAAAAGGAGAGCAACUGUUCAGCAGCGUCACUGCCUGCUUCAUAGAUGAGGGUCGCACACAGGAAGUGAAAUCACACCAGCUACUCCAACUUCCUCCUCAGUUUCAGGAUUUGCUAGGCCAGGCUGUGGAGAUCAUCCUGUGCAGAGUGCAGCCUGUCGAUGGGGAGGUGGACUGGAACCCGAAGGUGACCAGAGCCAUCAGUCAGAAGAUCAAAGGGAAGCUGCAUCAGGCCAGGGUUGUGAUGAGUGUGGGAAAUACUGUCUGGGUUGAUCCUAUGGUGCGCAUGACACGUGUUCCUGGUCUGAAGACCUACAUUAAUGAGUAUAAUGUCCAUGCUGAGAUCUUGGCCUCCGGGUUUGGUGUCAAUAAUCCUCAGCACUUGGAUCUGCUGAAGAGAGUUUUCCAGGGAGACGAGAACGCAAACACGCUCCAGCACUUGACAAAUGACAGGUUUGAGAGCCCUUCGUCAUCCUCACAGCAGAGAGUUGAGGUUAUAGAAGACGUUCUGACUAGUAGGAUGAAGGAUUUAGUCAGCAGUCAUAAUGCCAUGGAGUUCAGCCAGACUCCCAUUAGUCCCCAGAACAACAGUGCUGUCCAGUGCAAUGGAGACCUGAAGGACAGUGAUGAUUUUGAUGAUUCUUCAGAGGCAAGCAUGAAUAUCAUGAGCCCUGAUCUGAAUGGAUUCUCAUCUCCGAAGCAGACCAGACCUGCCAGCUCUGAAACAGACAAAGAUGAAACCCUGAGCGCCAACAAAUUAAAGAAGAUCAAUAAACCACAGAAUUUCCACUAUCCAGCCCCUAUCUCAUUCCAGCCUACAAGUUUUCACCCACAGAUCAAAUGGUUCCAGAGGAGCGAGACGGUCACGGUCUACAUAAAGCUCAUCAGUCCGGUGAUGCAGAAGUGUGAUUUCUGCUCAGACACUGUCAUUUACAGUGGGUACGUGAAUGACCGGCAUUACUAUGCAAAGCUUGAGCUGUCCGGGGACAUCAUCGCGGAGGAGUGCUCAUGGGAAAUGAGAUGCAAUGAGCCGGUGAUGAAGCUGAAGAAAAAGGAAAAGCAGGACUGGAGAACACUCCUCAAACACAAGAGUCAAUUUGUCAGCUAUGAAUUCGACUUCAUUGAUGAGCCUCGUGUUUCUUCAUUAAAUGGGCACUUGUUCCUGGCUGAGGUGGGAGAGGAGGGCUGUUACGUCAGCUCUGAGAGCGCCAGCGACAGUGACUGAAUAGAACAGAUCGCCGUUGUUCUACAUGCAGUACAUUGAGCAUAUCCGGCUCUAUAUCAGUUUUGAGCAAAGUUUCAUUGUCCAAUUAACAAUAAUAUAAUAAUAAUAAUAAUAAUAAUAAUAAAUUAUUAUUUUUUCAGUAUGUUGGUGUUGAGUCCCACAGCCAUGUCUUUUGAAUGGCUUUCUUGAGUUAAGCUAGUUUUGUGAAUGUCAACCUUGUUUUGAAGCACUGAAUAAUUGCGGUGCGUAUAAUGAAGUGUUUUUGUUUGCAUUCUUUCAUGUGAAUAUUUAAGUUAUCGCAGAUUUCAUAAAUUGUUACUACACAUUGUGUAACAAAAAUAUAAUUUAGCAUGUUCUUUAUGAAGCAAUAAAGUGAUAAAGCUUUGUGAACUUAAUGUUGCGAUGAGUUUCACUCAAAUUGAAAUACAAUAAAUGGU